CACCAUAACAAUGAUACUGCUACUUUUCAGGCCAAUUCUCAAAAUCCAACUCAGCCACAACCAUCUGUUCCCCCAACCAACGCAACUACUAAUUCAAAUCAAGAAUCAUCGAGCAUUCAGCAAAUCAGUCAAAAUAGUCAAAAUAAUGCUACUACUACCAAUUCUCACCCGACUAACGCAAUUACUAAUCAAAGGCAAGAAUCAUCGAGCAUCCAUCAAAUCAAUAUUUGUGAUUCUUGCAAGAGGAGAAAUUUUUUUAAUCAAGAAUUAUCAUCAAGCAUCAAUAUUUGUGAAACUUGCAUGAAGAGUAAUUUCUCUAAGCAAACAAAUGUAUCCAUUUCUCAAAUUAAUAACCAGAUAAUUAAUUCUAAUCGAUUCACUAGCCAAAACUUAACCUCUAAUCAAGAUACAACUACUGAUCAACAAAUUUUAAACUUCUAG